CUAUAUUUACUUGCAGUCUUUAAAAUGAUUGUUUAUAGAUUUUUUAUUUAUUUAUAUAUUUAGCCAAAAUUGUCAAAUUUUUAUGUGAUGUUGUCAGCUAUAAUUUGAAAACAAUGAUCAGUAUCAACCAGAAUUUUAUCACUCCUAUUUAAGUUUUAAACGUAUUUUGUAAAAAUAAGAGUUAGUCUUCAUUGAGAGAUGGCUGGAUCAGUCUAACUGUUAUAUCUCCCAGGACUGUAAGAAAGCAAAGUGUGAGGUGGCCUCUGAUGCACUCUGCACUACAAUGACCGCACAAACGCUUCAUCUGCAGGCUGAACGCUCUUAUACAAACAUUCUCUACUCUGUGCCAGUUACUCUAUAACAGUCAGGCCUUGCCAUUAUCCCAUUAGCAGUAGUUAUUUUAAGGCUUUUUAUUGGUACCUGGAUCUAAUAGGUUUAGACAUUCAGUAUCCUGGAGGCCAGUCUGCACUUCGCAGUCGGAGCUCACAGGACCAGCGAGGGUCAUGGGGAACACACACACAAGUAUGGAAGACAUCCUCGCUGAGGACAUGCACCACUGGUAUAACAAAUUCAUGCGGGAGUCUCCAUCAGGUCUGAUCACACUUUUUGAACUCAAGUCCAUCCUGGGACUGCAGGGGAUGAAUGAGGAUGCCAACAGUUAUGUGGACCAAGUGUUCUUCACUUUCGACAUGGAUGGGGAUGGAUACAUCAAUUUUGUGGAAUAUAUCGCUGCUAUCAGCUUAAUGCUCAAGGGAGAAAUCAACCAGAAGCUCAAAUGGUACUUUAAACUUUUUGACCAGGAUGGCAACGGAAAAAUUGACAAGGAUGAAUUGGAAACAAUAUUUACUGCUAUACAAGACAUUACAAGAAAUCGUGACAUUGUGCCAGAGGAAGUAGUGGCUCUUAUAUUUGAAAAGAUUGAUGUUAACGGAGAAGGGGAACUGACGCUCGAGGAGUUCAUUGAAGGAGCCAAAGAUCAUCCUGACAUUAUGGAUAUGCUGAAGAAAUUGAUGGACCUCACCCCAGUCCUGGUCAUUAUUAUUGAAGGGCGACAGAAACCAAUCAAUGGGAGUUAGGUGGGUUAAACGUCAACUUAAGGACAGAGAAACCAGAAAAUUCCCCACCUGAAAACCAAAUGAUUUCAGAGUUUGGUAUUCCCACUCUUGAGGAACAGAUGCAGCUUCCCACCACACCUGGGUGAUCUCUUCAACAGAAAAACAUGGGGAACUUUGGGAAGACUUUCACCCAAGCAUUGUGCUGUCUGACCCCAGUGGAGAUACCAAGCCUUGCAUCUGAGCUGUCCUCAGCUGAACAUUGAACUUCUAAUGCUAUAAGGGUUUCAAGAGACUAAGGAACUGCUGACAAGGCUUAGGAGUGAGCAAUGUGGGGCUUUUUAAGGAAAGGCUCAGUGGAGAACACUGAGCGCGUGUCUAGUGACUUUCAUUAGGUGAGCACAUCAACUGUUUAUGGCAUUACUAUAUUGCCCUAAGAGUGAACUCUGAGACAGUACAUUGCCGACGUAGCCUGAAUUGCCCUUAAAACUGUGAAAUUAAUGUAAUUAAUUAAUUAAUAGAAUAUAGAGCAGUGGUUCUCAACUGUUUUAUAAAGGACAUCCAAUGGCAACCCAAGUUUACUGUUCAAAAUGUACCGGUAAAUAAAAAAAAAGUCUAUAUAAUGUUGUAUAUUACAAUAAACAAUAUUUGGCCACAAAAGGCUGACAUCUUUGAUUAUAUUAACCAUGUGGGAAGUUGUGCCUGUUUUGCCGUCAGUGACCAAUCAGAACAGACCUAAGACCCAUUUCUCAUUUGAGACCCACCAGUUGAGAACCACUGAUAUAACAUCACAAAUAAAGCACUUUAUCAAGGGAAAGUAUCAAACUUACCUGAUAAAGUUAGCUGUGGUUGUAGGUGCAAAAGAAAUUCAUUAAAUGCAUUUCCAUAUAUCAUCUUUUUAGCUGAUCUAAACUUUGCUGUCAAAACAGUAAAACGAAAAGUCUUAACAAUUAUUAAUUGCAUAUUCCAAACUUGCAUAUACUAUACUCAAACCAUUCAAAGGUUUGAGUUCGGUAAGAAUUUUGUUUAAUUUACUAUUUUAUUUUGGGAGAAAAAAAUCUUCAGUAAGGACACAUUAAACUGAUCAAAAGUGACCAAAUGCAAAAUCAAAGUAAUCAAAACAUUGUGCAAAAAGUAUCAGUUUCCACACAAAAAAAUUAAGCAACACAGCUGUUAAUUUAAAUUGUAAUAGUAUUUCACUAUAUUACUGUUUUUACUUUAUUUUUAUCAAAUAAAUGCAGCCUUUGGUGAGCUUUAUGCUCAAAAACACAUUACAAAAUCUUACUGACCCCAAAAAUCUGAAUUUGUAAUGCACAUAUUUAAAUGUAUAUUUCUGAGGUCUGCAUGUGUUUGUUUUUCCAGUCUUGAGUCUUCUGGAGAACCCUUGCACUGGAAAGCACAGGCAAAUCACAAAAUGACUUUUACUAUUGGAAAUAUUUUAAAAGCAUCACUAGUAAGCAGAUACGUUUGUCUUGACUGAGGCUUGAUCUCUAACACAAAAUUUAAAUUGUGCAAUUAUAGCAUACAAUAGAUAAUCACUAGUGAGACAUUGUUCAGUUGAUGCACACCAGAGACCGGGGCCUUGUUUAUAAACUGUGACCCUGGAGCUGAAAACCAGUCUUAAGUAGCGAAGGUAUAAUUGUAGAAAUAGCCAACAAUACAUAUAUGGGUCAAAAUUAUCAAUUUUUCUUUUAUGCCAAAAAUCAUUAGGAUAUCAGAUAAAGAUCAUGUUCCAUGAAGAUAUUUUGAAAAUCUCCUAACGUAAAUAUAUCAAAACGUAAUUUUUGAUUAGUGAUAUGCAUUGCUAAGAACUUCAUGUGGACUUUGAAGGCGAUUUUCUCAGUAUUUAGAUUUUUUUGCACCUUCAGAUUGUGUACAAGCAUACGCACAAAAAAAGUGCACAAAUCUGCUUAGAACCUGAAGUGACAAUAAGCACUAUUCAACAUCAAUGAUUGAUUUUUAUAAAAUAUGAACAUUGGCAUGGAUUUUGUGUUAUAAAUGUGGUCCCAGAACUAAGGCAGUAUAUGGACUUUAUUUAGCAUGAUUUGAGUUCCACAGCUGUUUUUGUUAUGUUGAGUUGGCACCUUCACAAGAAGACAAGUGUGAACUGUUCGUGAUUUCUUUGUUUUUUUAAAUAAUGUUUUUAAUGAAAGACACAAAUCCUCGAUAUGAAGCUUUGAGAUUAUCGUUUUCACCCUAUACUUCACACUUGCCUACGGUGACAAAUCUCUGUAUUUGAUGAUUUUCACUCUAGAAAUAUUUCAGGAAAAACAAUGAGGUACUUAGAAUCAGGUAAUAUGUCAACUGGUAUGGAACUUUUAUGUUGCCUUAUUAAUAAAAUGGGUUAAAAGUU